CGCGGCAGGGGCUGCGCGCGCCCCGCCCGCCGCGGGAACGGGCCCGGCAGAAGGAUGAGCUAGGUUUCAUCCCAAAAAAGCUCAAGAUGCCCGGUAGGGAGUAGGAGCGAGGACUUGAAUUGCAAGGAAAUAAGAUCUGCAGCACUUAGUAAGCAGGUGUAAGGACUGCAGCACUGAAAAGGAAACACCAGCUUUGUGGAGCUCACAUGGAAAGUGGUGACAGACCAGAAGAACAAUGGCACAGUUGUGAUGUAGCUGCCUCAGGUCCCUGCUGUUGGCUGGAACAGGAGGUUGAAUCUUUCUGAACUAUGCCAAGAAAAAGAAACCUGUUGGCUCAAUUAAGUGCUCUUCAAAACACCAGCAGCUUCCCUCAGAUCAAUGCCGUGGAGCAGCUGAACACUACACCUGGAGCAGAUCCUUCUCCAAAAAGCAGCAAAUAUUUUAUGGUAGAGAAAAAAAAUUCUCCUCAGCUACAAGAAGAUUUUUUCAACCAGCCCUGUGUUAGUCUGGCCAAGUCCUUUCUGGGACAGAUUUUAGUUCGCAAACUUCCUGAUGGCAGAGAGCUCUGGGGCAGGAUUGUUGAAACAGAAGCUUAUCUGGGUGGGGAAGAUGAAGCUUCCCACUCGAAAGGUGGGAAGCAAACACAACGGAACGCAGCAAUGUUCAUGAAACCAGGAACUCUGUACGUGUAUCAGAUCUAUGGGAUUUAUUUCUGCAUGAAUGUUUCCAGCCAAGGAGAAGGGGCUGCAGUGCUGCUGCGUUCCUUGGAGCCUCUGCAGGGCUUGGAUGCCAUGAGGGAGCUGCGCAGGGCCUCCAGGAAAGCACCCGGCAGGCUGCUCAAGGACUGGCAGCUCUGCAACGGGCCCUCCAAGCUCUGCCAGGCGUUUGGCAUCGACAAGGCUUUUGACCAAAGGGACCUGACUCAGGAUGCUGCCAUCUGGAUGGUGCCAGGACAGGACCCGCCGGGGGAGCAGGACGUGGUGGCCACCACCAGGAUUGGCAUUGGCAACAGGGGAGAGUGGGCACAGAAACCACUCAGGUUUUACUUACGAGGAAACAGAUUUGUGAGUGUUGUAGACAAGAAAAUAGAGAGAGAGAUGGCAGCAAGGGGACAUUCCCCUGGCAGCUGACAAGUCUUGCAAGUGUCCCGGGGACCAGGACUUGAGCUGUGCUCUGUAUAAUGGCCUCAAGCUGCAGCGUGGCAGACAGAGGGGCUUGGGGGGUUUUUAACAAUAAAUGUACUUUGUCACAAGGAAUGGGGCAAGGUGGAGCUUUAUUUGCAGGAGACUGGUAUGGGUUUUGGACACUGAAGGCCACUUUCUCCCUUGCCAAUGGAUCCAGGCUUAAUUAAGGUGGGUGAAAGGAGAAGGGUCACAGCUCUGGGCUGCUCCCAUCACUUCAGCCCUCAGCAGAGGCCAGUGCUUGGUUGCUGCAGGGAAAUAGUUUAAAAACAGGAUGGCAGCAGAGCAGAGUGAAAGGAUGGGAGCUGGGAGAGAAGGAUGUGAAGGGAGGAUCUUACUGUUGUGUGCAGCUACCUCAGGGGAGGGGAUAGAGAAGACAGCCAGGCUGCUCUCAGACAGGAUGAGAGGCCACCAGCUGGAAAACAGGAAGUUCUCAUUAGCUCUGUGGAAAAAAUUUUCCCCAUGAGGGUGGUCAAACACUGGAACAGGGGCCCAGAGAAGCUGUGGGCCAUUCACACCUCCACAGGCAGGGUCCUGAGUGACCUGAGCUAACACCUUUCCUCUGAGCAGAGACCCCUUCCAACCUCCACCUCUCUCUUAUGUCCAGCCUGGAGAACAAGAAUGGGUUUUGUUCAUUUUCCCAGCUGCUUUUGAAACCAGUUCAGAACUUAGCACUGUGUGAGUCCCCACACAGAGAAAGCACUGGUGCUGGCUUGAGGUACACAGAGGAAAAACCUCCAUGAUUCAGGGCAGGACUGCAGCCACACUGGAGGCAUGACAGGGACACACCCCCCACUUCCACCCCCACCUUAAGGUUUACAUAUAAUAAAAAAGCUCAAGUUUAUUUUUAAAUAUUCUUGUCCCCAUCCCAUGAAAGAAUUGGGGUUGGCUCCUUCUGGGCAGCCUUUUUUUGAUUGCAGUAGCUCACCUUGAUGCUCAGGUGCUGGGCUGGUUUAGACAGGGCCUACAGUGGUGUUGAUCUGAUUUUUAGGUCAGAUAUGGUUUUUUGCUCCUCUGUACCAUCCCUGUUGCAGCUGCAGGGCCAGACUCACCGAAGGGACCCCAAAGAAGCUCCCCAGUGGCUGCUGGAAGGAAAGUCAGCUAAAGCUCCCAGUUUCACCCAGCUGGUGUGGGCAAGUGCAGCUGCUCCUGAGAGGCUGCUCGGGGAAAAGCUGACACGACAAGCUCCUGCUGUCCCCAGGCCCUGGCAUGUCCCAGGGCUCUGAGCUCUUGUUCUGGCCCUGGCAUGGCUGGAGGAGCAGUCCCAAACCAGAGCAGGAAACGCAGCCCUGUAUCUCACUUUCCUGCUGGAUAGCUUUCACCCAGGCCAGGAUCCCAGUCGUUCCCUGCAGCCACAGCCAUACUUGUGGGAGAGGCACUGGUGGGACAAAACAAGCCCUGGGGGACAAGCCUGAGUGCCCUCAGCACCAGCCUCUGGGUGGAACAGGUCCCUGAACUUGCAGCCUGGCCAGCAC